UGUUACAGAAGAACUGAAACUCUGAAAGACGACAAGGUUAUGGCAACGGCAGAAAACGCCGAUUGACCCUGAACAGAUGUAUUGAUUGUACGGUCUUCCUUAUCAUAAUUAAACAAUUUAAACAUUUUACAUCAACGAAUAUUUAGUUUGCUGGCAACCAAAGUUUUCCUUGCAUAAUCUAAGAAAAUUUUCUAAGAAAAUGGAGGAGGUUGAUGUGUUUGUGACUGAUCCUACGACUUUGGAUGCAGAAGUGUAUGAUCUUUGGCUAUAUGGGCUUACAGAAGGAGAAGCAGCUGAUCAUUUGAUAAAGCGUCGACAUUUUGAACAUGUUGCAGCAUCACCUUCAAUCAUAGCCAGUGAUAUUUCAGAUCAAUACCGGGUUUAUCAUGUCUUGGAACAUUUUCUUCCAACACCUACAUUGUUAGCAACCCAGCAAAUGCUUCAAAUUCCCGCAGUCAUUCAGAACAGGCUGAUUGAAAGAUACUAUGAAUUUGAUAAUAUUGUUGUGAGAGAACUUUUGGGAAAAAAGUUGACAACAAGGUUAAGAAAGGAUCUGGAUGACAUAUCUGAAAGAUGUGACAUUCCUUUAAAGAGUUGUAGGCGGCAAUAUGAUAAUGUAAAGAAUGUUUUCAAAGCAGUAGAAGACUCCCCUGGAGAUUUGGUAUCUAUUAUCAAAACAGAGUUUCUGCUAUCAGAAAGAUUGUCAAAGUCUUAUGCAUGCAUCGUGUUUAUGUCAUACCACAAAUUUGAAACAACGAAGAAAAAACUGUCAAGUCUAACAUUUGCUGAUUGGGCUUUUUGUAUCGAUCAGCUGAUAUCUAAAUGGACAACGACGUCUACUGAAGCAACUGACUCGGAUACUGCCUUAGACAUGGAGAAAAAUUUUCUUCAAGAACUUAGAGACCUGAAAGUGUUUACAUCCGAUAAGGAUAUUGCGGACGAACAUAAAAGAGCAGUCGUUGAUCAACUAAAAACCAAAGAUUCGGGGGAGGCUGCUAAACUCUACGAACCUCAUGUUAAGAAUUUUGAGCGCAUCUUAAUCAAUAUUGGUGCUGGACUUAUUCAUCAAAAAGACAUGAAGGACGUGUUCCUUGAUUUGGUUGAAAAGUUCAUAGAGCCAUGUAAGCAGCUGAAGUUGAAUGUGAGUGGUUUAUCCAUGUUUCUACUGGCCCUCUUGACCACUUGUGAAAAGCUAAUUUCAGUUGAGAGAGCAGGCCUGUCUCGCCUAGUACCAGUCUACAUUCGUUAUCUUACUGUAGUACACAAGUGCAUUGUACGGAUCUAUCCGGCACUAUGAGUGAAAUGGCGCUUGUUGAGAUAACAUGGCACCCGAAUACUGCAUACGGAAGAUUUUGGAGCCCUUACUCUUUCAUUCCCCACUUUCCUCCGAUAUUCUGCAGACUUCACGGGAACUUAUGCUCUAAUUACUAUGACAACCACCUUUUUUACAAACAUGAACUUCUGGACAUGUUACAUUAUCAAGAUAUGUGUUUGGCUGAUGGGGGUAAAAGUGCUAGAUACUGAUUUUCAAUGGAAGAAGAUUGUUAAGAAGCAGCUUGCUUGUCCAAACUAAAAAAAACUCAGCCAGCAUCAUUUGGUAUUUGCUCAAUGGACAUUUGUACUGAUAUAUAUUAUACUGACGUCAAGAGACAUGGUUUUCUAACAAAAAGGCUUCCCUGAAGCGCGAAAUACUUUAGAUUUUAAAAUUUCCUUCAUAUAUUUGAAAGUAGACUUGAUGUUUAUCGUGCUCUAUAUAUCAUCUAGCAGUGGUGGAUAUGAAUUACGUCAAAAGAAAGUACUGCUUUGGACAUAAUUACAUUUUGAAAUACCUUAUAGUUAGUACAUUAUGAUAAUUUAUAUCGCCGAAAAGACUGCAUUAUAAGAACAAGCCACUUUCAAGCUGAAAGCAUUUUAAGUCAGAAAUCGGGAAAAAAUAUAAGAACAUUGAGCCGGGUCAAAAAAAAUGAGUAUGUGUGUCUGUCAUAUUUUUAGUAAAACCGAAAACCUACAACUGUCAAACAUCUCCAGUUGAUGCCUGCAUUUACAGUGGCUCCAUACUGCAGCAGUUGUACCAUUUCAUUGUAAUAUUUAAAAAAGUUAUCAAGAAACAUCAAUAGGCUCUGGAAACUUUACAUCUCAGUGGCACUUGGCUUUAUCGCAUAAUCCAGAUUCCAGAUUUAUGAUAUCAGUGAAUGAAUAAUAAAUAUAUUUGUUAUCGCCA